AUGCUUAAUUUAAAGAAACAUUCUGAAUAAGAUGUAGAUUCUUUAAUUGAAUCAAUGUUGAGAUUGAUUGAAUACAUGAAUAACAAUCCUUCUAUUAAACGUUAAAUUUUUGAAUCAUUCAAUUAAGAAGACCUAUAGAAAAUUUUGAAGAAUUUGAAUGAAAAAAAAAAUAGUCCUCUUCGUAAAGUUUCUUGCAUAUUUUUAUGCAUAGUACUAUAAAAUGAAGAUAAUUGUGAAGAUUUUAUGAAACUUUGUGAUUUACUUCCAAUAAAUUCUAAAAUUACUUUAAAUGGUAUUCCUGAAAAAAUGAGUUAGUACAUAAACAGCGAUUUAUUAUAAAAGCUGAAUUAAGUUUAACCUUCUGAAAACAGUUUGUGUUGGUUUUAUACACUAUAAAUGGCAAAAGAAAAACUUCCAAAUUUAGCAUAUUUUUAACUAAAUAUAAAAGACUUGAAAAAGUCAAUUAAUGAUUUUAUUGACCCAUAAGAGUGUAUGAUUGGAAUUACAUAUAGAAAGAUACCUAUAAAACCUAUUUAGAUAGAAAUAUAAAGUUAAAGCAAUAGAAAUGAAUAUCAACAUAAAAUGAGUGUAUCUCCUGUUAGUAAACAAAUGGCCUCUUUGAUCUUGCCAUUAAAAGAAAUUAAAAAUCCAAAAUAUUAUUAACGAUAUGUAGCAAAAUCUAUUAAUCAAAAUUAAUUUAAGAACAUACUUUCUAACACUGCUAGAACAGACACAUCUUACGAAAAAAAGUAACCAAAAUCUGAUAUUUUGAAAAACAGAUUUUAAUGUUGAAC